GUUUUCUCCUUUGGAAGUAUGAAAAAACAAAAAAUAACAACUUUCCUAGACUUUUACUUACGGUCCCUCAAAAUUUUCCCUCCUAUAUAAGCCCGUCGUUUCCACCUUUGCCAGUUACCACCUUCGCAUACAUCCCCCAAAACUAUUUUUUAUAAUUCCUAAAGUACCCUUACAGAUUCCAAUUUCAUAAACCCUAGCAAAAAAUUUUGUUUUCAUGGAAUCGUUGAGUAGCAAGAAACGAGUUCGGUUCGACUCGGACGAGUCCGAAUACAACUCCGUCAAGGCGCAGAGAACCAGAGACGAUCUUCUCGAAGUUCUCGAUGAUUCAGACUCAGACCUUGACUCGAUCAUGAAGAGUUUCGAAAACGAAAUAUCUAAACUUCCUGAAUCUUUCGCCGACUGUGAUUCCGUGUCGGGGGAGUCCCGGCCGGAUCUCGGAUUUCUCUUCGAGGCGUCGGAUGACGAACUCGGAUUGCCUCCUACUGAGCUAACUUCGGUUGAGUCGGAGAAGUUCGGAAUUUCUGUUGAAGUUGGAGAAGUAUGGGAUCAGAUAUCUAGCUACGACGCAUUCGAGUAUGGAUUUGGUUACGCCGGCGAAGAUGCUACUGUUAGUGCCGCCUACAACGGCGGUGAAUAUGUAGCGUUAGACGGGCUGUUUGAUUAUACAGAUGUAGGUUUUAGAUGUCGGAACCGGAACUGCCACCGCAGCCGGAAACUAUGCCGGCUCAGUGAAUAGUUAGGGUUUUGAGUUAUAUCCGCUGGAAUAUUGUAAAGCUCUUCAUUUUUUUUUAGUUUUUAUGGAAAAAUUGAAAUGGGAUAUUAUAAUUUAUAUGCAA